CACCGCCCGAGCGUCGUUGCCACGGUGACGGCGACGCGUCCGUGCCGUCCGUUCCGCCCGUGGGACUGUCCGCCCCGUCCGCUUCGUCCGCGGGUCUGCCUGUUCCAUCUGUUCCGCCUGUUCCCGUCCUUGGGACCGCCCGCGGCCGCUCCGCUCCGCGCGGGGGACAGGGCAGGUUCCAGACAAUAGGGGUGAUUGCCUGCUGCGUUUCAGGUGUGCAUUGUACGUGCUAUAAGUGUGGAUCUGUGUGGAGGCGUACGAGAGCCGGGCACCGAAAUCCAUCGGAGCUGCCCCACUUAAGAGUUUAUGAAAACCCACCUGAAGUGACUGUGUUGGCAGCGGAUCGCAGCGGGACUGCUGGAGCAGCAAUGUUUUCCUUGGUUCUCAGUGCAGCCUGGAGGAUGGCCACGGUAACCUCUUCCAGGGGAAAUACAGAGGUAGUCACUGCCAGAAGGACAGAAUCACGCGAUGUCCCAGGCAUUAUCGGCCUCUUCAGCCCUGUUACAGAAAACCUCUUUGGAAUGAUUGAUGUCACUUACCUUUUGGAAAUAUCAAAUCUUGCUUUGACACUCUGCAAUGAGAAGAAUGAGGUUAUAGCCCAUGCUGCCUUUCUGGACUAUCCAAAUUGGAAUAUCACUGAUCAGGCUGAAUGGGAACCCUUCCUGCGUGAAAACUACACCAACAAUAAGUGCACUCCUUUGAACACGCUGUUCGUGCAUCUCUUUGUGGCAAAGGAAGAAUACGCGGCUGAAUGUUCCCAAGAAAUCGUUAGGAGAGCUUUUAUCUUACUACCAGAACUGCAGUUUAUACUUCUCUUUAUACCACCUGAGGAGAAGUUAGGUUUUUGUCAUUCAGAGCUAGGCAUGGGGAAUGUCUUUGAAAGGAUGACACCUGUUCCAGGCUCACCGAUGGAGAGACGCUUCACCUUGCUGGCAUGCCCCAGGCAUCGGUGUCACCCACAGCUGUACGUGCGCCAGGCAAGGAUGGAAGAUUAUGAUGAUCUCAUGCUAAUCUGGACACCUCAAAGUGAGACUCUGAAGGAAACCUACGGUGAAUAUCUCCUUGUCGAUCUCAUAGAACGUGAAGGUGAAGAAAAUCAGGCAGCUGUUUGUGAGGUUGGUGGCACUGCAGUAGGAUUUAUGAGCUUAUGUUCUCACGUGGACGUUUCCUUGUUUCAAGAGUGUUUUGACUUAGGGCCUUUCCAUGGACUCUGUAAACCACAUCCUGAGGAUAUUCUCAAAGUGCCAUGGAAGCCGAGUGUUCAAGGAGAUAAAGGAGAAAGCAACCAAACAAGCCAAGAGCCAGAGCCUGUUUCUUCUCAAAACUUGGGAGAUGUUCCUGGUGCAGAUGCUGCUGUGCAGAAGGGUGGAGCCGUGGCCGCUUCCCAGUCUGAACUGCUGGUAGGUGAUGUCAGCACCACAGGCUCUGAAGGCUCAGCAGCACCUCUCCUGGAGACAUCUGAUGAGGACGGGGAUUUGCAUCCUGUGUACAGAGGAGCUUCAAAUGCUUUCUGUAUCCGUCUGUUUUGUAUCGAUGAGAAGUAUGAAACAAGGUCACUGGAUUUUUUGCACUAUGCUUUCAGUGUUUUCCCGGACAGAGACUUGUGUGUCAUCCUGGUGCCGCAUCAUGUCCCGGCAUUCCCCCUGAUCCAGAGCUUUGUUCGGGCUGUCCCUUGCUGCACUUCCAGGCUGGGCCGGGAGCUGUACGUGUUCCACCGGGCGGGAUUGCUCACGUCAUUUAACGUAAGAAAAGCAACAAUCGAUGACCUACAGGGUGUCAAAAUGCUCGUUGAAACUCUUAGCUUGGAUGAAGAGAUAUGGAAUGACUCAAAGAUAUUCACUGAGGCUCGUAAAGAUCCGGAUGGGAUGCCAGUACGGGCUUUUGUAGCAGAAGUUUUGGAUCAAAUCGUUGGUGUUUCUGUCACUAGGGAUGAAAUGGAUAUUGAGUAUAUUCAAGCACACUACAACAUUGAGGACUUUAUUCGUUUUAAUCAUCACCAGCAAGAGGAACAUGGACAUCUUUGCCACUUUGUCUUAAAUCCUGUAUUUCAUCACUAUACAAAAUACUUUCUAAAGGAGAUUCUUCGCUUGGGUCACAAAUCUUCUCUUUACUACCCUGUUUAUCCAGAAUGUGUGGAGGGCCAGUUUCAGCGUCCCUGUGCCCAUUCCCUGACAUCUGCCCUUCAUUACAUGGCUCCCGUGCGGCCGAGACGACAGAUUGUCUAUCCUCUGGAAGAGCUUGGCGUGAACGCUCCGUCGGAGCAGGUCUCCAAGGAUCAGCUGAAUUAUUCUUUGAACCACACAAAUCGAAAGCUGGUGCUGGAAUCGAAAGUGUGUAUCAACACUAGAAUUGUGGUGGUUGGUGCAUCCGAUGUUGGAAUCUCUUUUCUGGAAACGCUGAUUUUUUGGCCACGUCUGAAGUUCAACAACCUGACCUUGAUUUCCAUUCAUGGCCUUCCAGGAAAAGACCCACAGAGCUCCAAGCAUAGAAGAUUUUUAAUUAACAGCCACUGUUUUAAUGAUGAAGAUUACGCACAGAUGUCACUUUGUUCCUGGGUUAAUGUUGUUGUUGGUAAAAUGACUGGCAUAAACCGCGCUGCCAAGUACGUUGUUGUUUCCAAGGAGAAGAAAGUGCCAUACGACUACCUGGUUCUGUGCACGGGACAGAGCUACCAGGCCUUGGCUCCCACGGGAGCAGGUAUCAGUGGAGUUACAAGUAAGUGGCCGCAGAGAUACACGGAGAAAGUCCCUUCCAAUCACUUCACUCUCAAUGACGCCCAGGACUGCUCAGAGGCAGCACGCUGGCUGGAGGAGAACCUCGUCAGCUCCAAAGGGAACGUCAUUGUCUACGGGAAUACAAUUGACAUUUACACCACGGUAGAAACCCUCUUAUCCCUUGGGAUUGAUGGCUCCCGCAUCCAUCUCGUGCAGGCUCUGCUCAGCUCUGCCGGUCCCUGCCUCGGUGACGCCGCCCUGGAGCGCACGGUGGGGGAGGCCCUGGCAGGGGCGGGUGUGGCCGUGCACCCGGACAGCGUCCUGGCGCAGUGGGGCCAGGGUGACCACGGCCUCAUCGCCUGGGCUGCCUUCACCACUGCCACAAACCCGCUCCAACUGCAGUGCUCAGCAUUUUUUAGCUUUGCCUACAGGACAGUGGAUUAUGAAACCUUUAAGGCCAUCAAUGAUGCUUGCCUUGUUUUUGAUGGAAGACUUGUGAUUGAUGCCAAAUUCCACACCAAUGAUGUCAGCAUCAGGGCUGCAGGUCCUCUGACAAAAUUCUCCAGGAGAUACUAUAGGGAUGAACUGACACACAGCAACUUCAACUCCAAGGAGAUUGGCUUUGAGCUUGCUGCAUCCAUGCUGAGUCUCUUUGAUCCAACCCCUCAGGCCAGUGCCAAGCCACCAGAAGGCUCAGACAGACUCAUCCCCAUAUACAGAAGGUGUAAAGUUCAAGGUGGUGUUCUUCCUGGAGGUUACAACUACUUGCACGUUUCCAAGCCAGCAAUCCCCAUGCCCUUGGAUGUAGAACAUGACCCGUGUGAUCACGGGAUGGAGAUUGUAACCGGUGAGGCAGGACACGGGAAUUACUUCCGGAUGCACUUCAACAGAUACAAUAUGGUGGAUAGCAUCACCUGCUUUUCCAAGGAGCCCUUCCCUGUCUCCAACUACCUCUGCUUGUACGGACAGCACGAGCGCCUGCUGAAUGACCUGCAUUACCGCUGGAGGGCCGGGCAGCUCACAGACCUCUACAGCUACUUCAGGGAACCUUGGUCCAUGGCCAUCUAUCACGAUCGGUUUAUUGAUCUGCAGAAGGAACUGCGCCAAACCCUGAUGUCGGAACAGGUGCCCGGGCAGCCCCCUGCCGCCGAGCAGCGCCCUGAGCAGAGACCCGGCCCGCCAGCGCUUCGGGAAUCCGUCCUGCGCUAUCUGCGCCGCCACCGCGCCCACCUGCCCAUGUUCGCCCCGACUGACAUCUACAGACUGCCGCCGACUGCAGCAGGCAGGCAGGGACCGAAGUUGGGCAGAGCCGGGCACAGCGGCAGCAGCGGGAGCCCCACACCGGCACAGGGACCGUCCUAGGACUGCAUCCUCCCGACAUGGUUCCUUCACUGACAGAAAAUCAAUAGAAAGCAAAACCCAACUGUGAGGCAGAAAAUCAAACCAGCUGUCCAAGCCCUCAGCAACGGAAGCUCCUCAGCAGCUGCACCAGGUGAGUUCCUGUCGGGCACCAGGGCUGAGGUGCUGCCCCUCAGGCACAGAGCAUGCAGCAGAACCCAAGGGCUACCUCGGCAUCACUGGUCAUGGCGGGAACGUGCCCCACAGUGGCCCCUGGCCAGGUGCUGGCACUCAGGCGGACAGACAGCCGUAACACCAAGUGUAAGUGCAAAAACAAGUGGGGGCCCAACGGGGCAUUUCCCAAAAAACACAAUCCCUUCACUUAAAGCAACUCCCAUUCCACUGGGAGGUGUGCGUUGAGUGCCAGGAGCAACCAAGCAGCAGCAGGACAGGGCUCUGUGGCUGCUAGAUCUCAGAUUUGUGUUGCUUUAAAAUACUAGGGAUUUAACUAUAAAAAUUUUCACCCCAUUAACCUACAACAUGUGUAGACCGAAACACAUCAGCUACUGCCAACACGAGCUCUGCUCACUACAGCAGGUGCCGGGAGGACACCCUGACUCCUCACAAGCCUUUAGCUGUGUUGUCCUCUGCCUAGAGACGAGUCACAGCCUGCUGGGACAAGGUGAGGGGUUGCCCAGUUCUUUACACUGUGCUGGGAAGGGGUCAUGGCAAAAGCAUGGCUUUUUCUCUUCUAAGAGGAUUUGCUUAUUUUUGUUUCUCUAGGGAGCAGUUCCAGUGCACAGCCACGGCACACACCACGGAACGGCCACGGCGCUCCCGCAGCGGGACAGCACUGACUGGAGAGCUCCUCCCUCAUCCACAUGUGCUCUAGCAGGGAACAUCUGCUACCUGGCUAGUCAUGGGAAAACCUCUAUUUAGAAAAAAUUCCCUUAUGCACAGGUAAGUGCUGCCUGGAACGACUACAGCAAUACUCUAAGGGUACGUUAAAUAACUGGUUUCAGUGCUGGUUCACAACCUCUGGCUGUGGCACCUGCAGCCAGGGGCUUGGGGCCUGCGCUCACUUGGUGCCAGUGCAGUGGUGAUGGUGACACAGGUGACACCCAGUCCCCAGCUGUAUCUGUCCAGACUGGGGAAAGGCCGGUACACAGAGCAAACCCUUUGCCUGGCCCCUUCAAGACAUGUUCACCCAGAACUGCCUGUUCUGAUCUGUGCUCAGGUGCCCUGGCCGCAGCUCUGUGCUCCAGGGCCUCAGCUGGACGCCUUGCUGAGGGCACUGGUGGAGUGGCGGAGCUUCCCCGAGACCCUGCUCCUGGAGGCACGUGGCAGCGUGGGCGAGGGCGGCUCUGCCAGCUCGACGCCGAUGGUGACAGUGAGGUCAACACUUGCACUUGUGGUGAGGCAGCCUGGAAAACAGAACAGGCAGGGAAAACCCAGGUCAGGACAGAAGAGCCUGUGUACCUCGGAAUAAGUGCGUGGCACAGCACUGCCCCUCCCUUCGCCUCUUCCCAGCUUCUCUUGGGAUUCCCAGCAUGAGGACUGGCACACAACUCUCCCUGGAAGGUGCCUUAACCUCUGGAAAAAUCCUAAAGAAUCACAAUUUCUUCCACUACAUAACAGGUACCCUUGUUUUACUGGUGGCUUAUGGCCACCACUGGGGAAGGGUCUCGGGGGGCUGUGGGUAUGCAGGGUUAUGCUUUGUUGUUUAGUGGAGUCACCUGUUGGUUAUUCCCUAGAGGCCAGGCCUGCCCAGGCUGGCUGAGGGGGAACAGGUGAGCACAUGGUCAUUAAAUGAGACACUAAUGACCAAAACGCGGUGCAGCUGCUGCAAGGGACCCACCCUGCCCUGCUGCUGAGGGCUGGACCUGUCCCAAGGCAUUUCCCGGGGGAACACUGUUUCAUCAGCUCCUGCAGGAAACAGUAUUUUUAAACCAUGUUGCAAUUCUCUCCCGAAGUGUAAACACAAGUUUUUUAUUACAGGUAGGAGGGAGGAACAGCCUUGCAGCCAGGCAGGGAGAGCACAAGGACAUUCUGAGCCCACUCCAAAGGUGGGCACUGGUGGCACCCCCUCUCAACUCCUAAGGGAUGGUUGUGUUUUGCAACACAGACCUACUUCCAGUGCAACAAAUGACUCCAUUCUCAGCUGUGUCUGGACAGGCCAUGGCUAUUUAAUCCUCCCUUCACCUUUCCUAGCCCAGGUAAAUCUCAAGCGUGCACAAAAUGCUCCAAAGCACAGCCAGGGCCUUGGCUGAGGCUGAUGUCCCUCAAGCAUAGGUGAGUAGGGCACUGUCCUUGCAGGACGGGUGGGGACAUGGCCAUGGGUCAGUGUGGAAGCAGGAUCAGCCCUCGGUGGCUGAGGACAAAGACUCACCCUGGCUCUCUGCUGCACUUCCAAGGUGAGAUGUAACCUGUCUUUUUGCUUGAGCAGCUCUGAGUGACUGAAAGCAGCACAGCCCCAAGUGUGAGUCCCCGCCGCCUGCCUGCAGCCCUGCGUUUGCAUCUCAAAGACAGCCCAUACUGUACCAGAUUGGUUCUUUGAGACAACCGACUGAGGGGAAAUAGCACAUUUUAAAAAGGUGGAAAGUGUGACUUAGCCUGUAAAGGCAUUUUCUGUGAAAAAUACAGAGCUGUCAAUUUUGGAUUAAAAACAAAACCUGUGGUGCUACUGGCUGGGGACAAAAGUGUGGGGGAGGGAAGGGCUGUGAGGGAGGUGUUGCAUUUGACAUUCCUGCAGUGAGGCAGAAUGGCAGAUGGUCAAAAUAAUACCAUUUUCUCCAAGAGAACAAGCUGAACCAAAUUAGAAAUAAAAAAAUAAUUACCAUA